AUGUAUCGUUUCAUGCAUCAGUUAAAACACUGGACUCCAGGGAACGACGACGAGGUACGGUGGAAAGCAUACGGCGGAGAGCGCACCGCGGGGACCGGACCACGACGAGUGAACGGCGGAGAGCGCACCGCGGGGACCGGACCACGACGAGCGGACGGCGGAGAGCGCACCGCGGGGACCGGACCACGACGAGCGGACGGCGGAGAGCGCACCGCGGGGACUGGACCACGACGAGCGGACGGCGGAGAGCGCACCGCGGGAACCGGACCACGACGAGGUCGUGGCAUCUUCACUUUAGCCAAUUUCAAACAAGGAGACUUUGUGGUCGAGUAUAGAGGGGAGCUUAUUGAUGCAACUGAAGCUGAACACAGACGUAACCUGUACCCCAGCGCAUGUUCAGUCUUCAUGUUUGAAUUCAUAUGGAAGCAGAAGACAUUGUGUAUUGAUGGAGCACUUGAAGAUGGGUCAUUUGGGCGACUAGUAAACGAUGAACACAGGACACCAAAUUGCAGAAUGAAGUUGAUUGAAGCAGAAGGGAAGCCACAUCUCUGCCUUUUUGCACUGAAGGAAAUUGCGGCAGGAAGUGAAAUUACUUAUGACUAUGGUGGGAAAGAAUGGCCCUGGCGGAAAAAGCUAAAGAUCGCAAGCAUCCCUUCUGGUCAACAGUGUGUUGCAGAGCCUAUUGCCCAUGACGUGGAGCACCAUGUGAUCUCUACAGACUCAUUCACAGACAGAGAAUUAAGAGCAGAGUGUCAGUCAUCUAGACCUACAGCAGACAACUCUGAGCAUGAGGUGCAUUCUGUUGGAGGUCAGCGUGGCACUUCUUCUCUGAAAGAGUUAAUUGGUGAAGUUGGUGUCCAGUGUCGGGAGUUGUCACCCCAAGCGUUCUCAGAAGAACUUACCAGUGAGAGCAAAUCGAAAGAGGUGCCACAAUCAUCCAGAGCUGUGCCUAAUGACUCUGCUUGUGAGCUAAAGAUCGCAAGCAUCCCUUCUGGUCAACAGUGUGUUGCAGAGCCUAUUGCCCAUGACGUGGAGCACCAUGUGAUCUCUACAGACUCAUUCACAGACAGAGAAUUAAGAGCAGAGUGUCAGUCAUCUAGACCUACAGCAGACAACUCUGAGCAUGAGGUUAGCAUGGAUUCAUCUGUUUACUAA